GCGAGUAUUGCUCAAUUAAAUUUGUUAGCAUUUUCGUAUUUGAUUCUGUCGCGGUUAUAAAAAAUUAUUAUUGAAGAUGAUAUACAGGGUGCUUAAAUUAACAAUAUUGUUUUUAAGUAUUUCCCAAAGCAGUGCAAAAAUUUCAAUACCUAGUGAUUUGAAUGUGAUUAUAACAAGUUUAACAAAAUGCCAAAGGAGUGGGCAAUAUCCAGUUGAGGUUUACAAUGUUGUAGUUAAUUUAGAUAAAGGAAAGAUACGAGUUACAGGCACUUUAAAUACAUCAAUUGAUCUUGUUUCUCCAAUAAAGGCGAUAUUAAAAGUUGAAAAGGACGAACUUGGAGCUUGGAUAGAAAUUCCUUGCAUUAACAGUGUUGGAUCCUGUACUUAUGACGAUUUAUGUAUUCACAGCAUUCCAUCAAACGAAAGUUGUCCUAAAAGUUUUAUCGAUAAUAAUGUGCCGUGCAGAUGCCCCAUCCCAAAGGGAAAUUAUACAAUUCCUUCAUCAUUGCAAUUUGAAAUAUAUCCAAAUGAUUAUUCAUCUGUCUAUAAUGGGAAGUAUUGGACAAGAGCCACCAUACUUCAUAAAAAUAUGAAUUUAGCAUGUUAUGAGGUUUACUUUACGAUUGAAAAUAGUAUCCAUGAAGAAAAUAAUGAAAUUGAUAUGGAUUAUGAUAGUUACAUGAACAGAAUAUUUGUUACAUUAGUGUAAAUAUAUUAUUAGUAAAUUUUAUGUGUAAAUA